AUGGAAGUUUACGAAAUACUCUUGGCUCUCCCCAAAGAAAUUGUUUUUGAAAUAAUUUGCAUGGCCAUGCCCGAUGAUACAUUUUCCAAAUAUUAUUUAUUGCAUUGUGUGAUUCGUAAGAGUGAUUCAUUGGAAAUGGGCGGUAUUAUGGAGGAGGAUGAAGAACCUUUGAACUUGCCCUUCUCUCGGAGAGAUUUAAUGAACGGAGAAUAUGUGGAGAGAUUGUUGGAUUGCUUCCAUUAUUUUGAUCCAAUCUUACAACAACAUAACAAGCCUUCAAAACAAGUAACAAAGUUGUUUUCAAUCUUGGAGGAGUCCAUUGCGUAUUGCUAUCAGCACGACACGAAGGUUCAGGAAAAGCUCCAAACUCUGAAUCAUACAAAAUAUAGUUCUUGUGUUUUCACGAAAUUCACAUUUCCUGUGCUUAGAUCCAAUACAGAUUCACACAAGCUGUUGAAAAAGCUGAAGUAUAUUAUUCUUACAGCAGGAAUGGAGUUGGUUCGUGUACUGUCGACAAAUGUUAAGGCUUCUGAGACAGCGAAACGAUUCACUUCUCCAAACGCUCAGCCUACUAUUGAUUAUCUUGUUGAGCUGUUAAGCAAAUCAGAAAACGGCAAAAACGAAUCCAAAGUGCCCUCCUCAAAGCCAAAAAAAACCAAAGCUAAAGCAAGUGACCCAGUUGCCUCCAUUGAUACUAGCAUUUGUCACUAUUGUCUAAGAAAUAAGGCAAGGUCAGACAUACCAGAUUUGUGGUUUGAGGGGAUGUCCACCAAGUCAGUAUGUGUGACUUGUGGUAUUGGAAAAAAAGUAUUUGAUACUCUCUCAAGAUCACAGGUCAUUUCACUCACGCGUGUAAAAACUCCGUCCAAUGUUUUCUCGCAUACCUGCUUUGGAUACAACUCAAAACAGCACUUUUUGAAAAGAGAAGUCAUGAUUUAUUUGAAUGAACAAAAGGAGAGUACAAGUGCAGAGCCUCGCAUCAAGAAAGUGAAAACUCAGUAA